AUGUACCCCUCUGGGUCAAGAAGGAACCACACCAAUGGAGACCCCAAAUCUCUAUCCUUCGAGUCCUUUCUUGAAGCUUGGUUGGUCCGUCAAAAACGCUACCUGGAAGAGCUCCUCUCGGCUCAACACAGCUCCUGCGAAGUGCGCCAAGACGAUCAUCUCGAGCUGAUCCACCGGGUCCUCUACCAUUAUCAGCAGUAUUACGAGGAGAAGUCGAGGGUUGCGAACUGGGACGUGUUCCUCGUGUUCUCUCCCCCCUGGCUCACCAACCUCGAGCGCGCCCUCUUGUGGAUCGCGGGCUUCAGGCCAAACCUCUUGUUCCGCCUCGUCUCGUCCUCCGUCAAUGACAUGACCGAGGACCAGAGUCGGAGAAUGGAUAGGCUGGUCGCGGAGACGAGAAUGGAAGAGAAAGCGCUCAACGACGAGCUGGCAAAGAUCCAGGAGAGAGUGGGCGCUCCUCCUCUGGCCAAUGCGAUCAGGCGGUACGGAAGGACGGCUCAGGACGGCGAGACGGCGGACGGCAGCGGUGACGACUCGGCACUCGGCGGGUUGAGGAAGGCGUUGGAGAAGGUGGUGGCGAAUGCGGACAUGCUGAGGGCGACCACGGGGGAGAAGGUGGCGUUAGUAUUGACCCCUCCUCAGAUGGUCAAAGUUUUGGCGGCGGUCGCGCAGCUCCAGCUCAAGGUCAGGGGCUUGGGAUUGCAGAGAGAUGCUGAGAAAGGGCAAAAUGGUGGGAAUUGA